AUGAGUGAAGACAAUGUCCAAGAGUUGGAUCCGUUUAAUACUGGACACCAUUUUGAUGAUAAUAGCAGUGAUUUCAUGGACUCAUGUGUUGAAGGCGUCGAUGAAAUAAUGCAGAAAAACGAGUCAAACAACCAAUGGAUUGGUCUAACAAACAGCGAAAGUAUUAUAAUUAAUGAGAAAAUGCGUGAAUUUCACCAAAUGUUGUCUCAAAUGAACGAAGAGGUGAACAGAUCUGAGCAUAACUUAACGAAUAUCACCAAAACUCAUGAGAGAAUGCAAACCGAACCGCAAAAGCCUUACUAUAAGCACAAACUCAAAGGUCUCUACAAGACUGCACUCCAGGACACAGACAGCGAGUCUGAGAUCAUUCGCAAAGCGCUGGAUCUGAUUCACGACAUUCGCUCUGUUGUCAAGAGUCGGCAGCGAAAGAGCGGACACGGAUUCACUAAAGAGACGGCCAUAAGAAGGGGUGCACUCAUGAAAAUGCUUCAACAAAACGCCGCAACUCUUCCUCUAUUUGUUCCCAAAUCGAGAGAAGACACGACUCCUCCUAAACAUGACUUAACUAUUGUUGUUGUCUAUCACGUGAACAGUCUGUGCGGAGCCAUUCCGGCCGAAUCUAACUAUGCGGCCAAAGUCGGCGAUUUGGUGGCCGCUCUCGUCAAGGGCUCCGACGGCGACGAGAACUGGAUUCUGGCCGAAGUGGUCCACUAUAUCAACAGUUCCAACAAAUACGAAAUCGAUGACAUCGAUGAGGAACAGAAGGACAGACACACUCUGAGUCGACGGCGAGUAUUACCACUUCCGCUGAUGAGAGCCAAUCCGGAAACAGACGGCGACGCCCUCUUCCCCAAAGACACUCUGGUGUUAGCGCUUUACCCGCAGACCACGUGUUUCUAUAGGGCUAUAAUCCAAGAGCCGCCCAAAACAGCUCAGGAAGAAUAUCAGGUUCUGUUUGAAGACUCGAGCUAUUCGGACGGCUAUUCGCCACCGCUUUCUGUUCCCCAACGAUAUGUAAUCGCGUGUAAAGAGUCGCGAAAGAAUUUUAAUCGGUUUUAUGGCUUCAAAUCUGCGAUGGAAGCGUUGAUAAGCGCCAGUAAUGUCUCAAAUGUGACCAAAACUCAUGUGUUAGGCGUUUGCCAGAAGUGUAUCAAUGGAUUCAAUGGUUAUAAUUACAGACAAAGCCGAUACUCAAGACAAUCGGUGGUUAAACACCAGUCUUUGAUGAAACUGAGAAAAGACUAUUUAGUGGACACUAAACAGGAAAGAAAAGCUUUGAAUAUUUUCGAGACUCCCAUCGGAGUUGUGGAUCCAAUCGAUGGUAAGACAAAGAGUUCACUCACUGUUGAUAUCCUGGGAAGCGAUACUUUGCCACAAUUGACUGAUUGGCGUAAAACACAACUCAUUAAACGUAUGCGAAGACUACUUCCACUUCCGGUCUCAUUGACCGGUUUGGGUGACGGAGAGAGACCACGAUAUUGGACACAAGUGAUGAAGAAGUCAUCGUUCGAGUUAAGCCAAUCAAACAAGACAUCGGAACUGACUCUUUACGAGACAAUCCCCACUUCUUUGCGAAUAUUUUUGGAUAAUUUUGGUGACAAAAUACCCAAAGAAUUGCAAGAAGUUUACGACAAUUACAAGAAGUCUAAAGAACUAUAUUUUGAGAAUUUGACAAAAACUCAAAAACAAUUGACGGCAAAGAAGGACAAAAUUCUUCGCUUUCCUUACGAUUUGGUCUCUUAUUUGAAGCAAAAGCAGAAUAUAAUGAAAUCAAACGAAACCAAUGAUGACAUGACAGAAGAGUCACUCAAACAGAGAGCAAUUGUCGACACAGAAUACGACGAUUAUCUCAAACAUCACCACUUAAUGCAAUAUUUGGCCACUUCUUUGAAAGGCAUGAAACCCGAUGAAUACGAGGCAGAAGUGGAGGGUUGGAGAGACCAGUUCUGGUUGAGAAAUUAUGGCACACCUGAUCCCAAGACAAAGCCAUCAGAUAUCGAGUGCAGCGGAUGCGAAUUGCAAGAAGUUUACGACAAUUACAAGAAGUCUAAAGAACUAUAUUUUGAGAAUUUGACAAAAACUCAAAACCAAUUGAUGGCAAAGAAGGACAAAAUUCUUCGCUUUCCUUAUGAUUUGGUCUCUUAUUUGAAGCAAAAGCAGAAUAUCAUGAAAUCAAACGAAACCAAUGAUGACAUGACGGAAGAGUCACUCAAACAGAGAGCAAUCGUCGACACAGAAUACGACGAUUAUCUCAAACAUCACCACUUAAUGCAAUAUUUGGCCACUUCUUUGAAAGGCAUGAAACCCGAUGAAUACGAGGCAGAAGUGGAGGGUUGGAGAGACCAGUUUUGGUUGAGAAAUUAUGGCACACCUGAUCCCAAGACAAAGCCAUCAGAUAUCGAGUGCAGCGGAUGCGGUGCUUAUCUUCACUGCAGCGCUACUAAUAUUCCCGGAUAUAUGCCGUCAGAAAAGUUUAAGAAUUUAAGCGAACAUCAAUUGAGAGCUGAGAAGUGCCAGAGAUGUGAAUAUUUAGCGCACUUUAACGUUGCCCUUAAUGUGAACGUAUCUAAUGAUCACUACCCGGAAUUGAUGGCCAAAAUUCAAAACACAAAAGCAUUGAUUGUGAUUAUGGUUGACUUACUUGACUUCCCGUGCAGUGUAUGGCCGGUGGAUUUAUUGCCAAAAGAUAACGACUUAUAUCUGGAGAGAGCUCUUCAAUCACUGAAGAAGUCAUUAUACGAAAAUAAUAUUAGCAAAGAGUCGCGUAUUAUUGAUAUUAGUCUUAUCAGCGCUAAAACUGGUUUUGGUGUCGAGAGUUUGAUCACCAGAUUAUUGAGAGAUCGACUCAAAGGAGAGGACGUAGACGUUGAUCUCAUAAGCCGAGCGACUACUUCUGUAUGGCCGGGAACUACACUAAAUCUGAUUAAAUUCCCGAUUAGAGACCCCACGGGUUGGGAAGUAGAGCUCCGUCUCAAGAGAUUGCGAUUAUAUGAGAGGAAUGACAUAAAAGAGCGAAGACUUAAAUGGACUCUAUAUAAGGAAACGGGAGAUACGAGACAUGCAAUGCUCUCCAGUAGAAUAGGAAUGACAUAUAGAAGUGAUGUUCCGUUUACUGUCCAAAGCGGUCAUCCAUUUGCUCACAAAACUCAAACUCCAAAACCAUUUGACGCCACGAAUACUUUUUUCAAAGAUUGCAACAACUUUUACGACACACCGGGAACUAUAUAUAAGGAUCAGAUUUUAACUCUACUGACAACUGAAGAGCUCCUUAAGACUAUUCCUCGAGAACUAAUAACUCCCCGAACUUUUACAUUGAGACCGUUUCAAAGUCUUUUCGUCGGAGGAUUGGGAAGAAUUGAUGUCAUGAAUGCCAGACAACAGGUUUGGCUCACAGUCUUUGCUUCACAUUAUCUGCCCAUUCAUGUCGUGCACACAGAAGAGGCCAAAAGAUUUUAUGAGCUAUAUUUGGGAACAGAUAUGUUAGGCGUUCCCAUUGGAGGGUUUGAACGCGUCCAACACUGGCCACAACUUGUGCCCCGAGAGAUAGUCUUAGACGGCGUUUCGUGGCAACAGAGUUGCGCUGAUAUAGUCUUGUCGACCGCCGGUUGGGUUUCAGUCACUCUCGGAGCCGACACUCGAUGUGUUUUGAGAGCGUUUACUCCCGAAGGCAGAGGUAUUUAUGUGCGAAAUCCUCCACUUCUUCCUUACGCUCACAAACUUCGUGGCAAACGAAUCGUCGGAACGCCUUGUUUUGAAAACAAAUUGUUUACAAUCGACGAUAUGGUUAGGCAUGCGAUCCCUAAACGCUUCAAUCGCUAUAAGGAGAGCCGACACAUCAGCCAAAAGCGCAUUCAAAACUUGCAAUAA